UAAAAAAAAACUUCUUUCACUUUUGUUGAAGUGUGGAGUGUGUCGUUGGCAAACUGGAUUUUAUCCAGUUUAACAGAAUUUAUACCUGGUUUUCAUGAGUUUCAGUGAUAUAAACGUUUUAUCAAGAAUCCUUACAAGUGUUAUUUUUAACUGGAGGUAAAGAAGGAUUAGGAAACAACCAUGAGUCGUUUUUUCGCCACCGGCACGGAUUCCGAGUCCGAGAGUGUCACCGAUGAGGAGCCAGUAGUCCGCGCACCAGCGCCUGUGUACACGUUCAGUGAUGAUGAGGAAGAAACUAAGCGUGUGGUGCGCUCCAUGAAAGAGAAGAGGUAUGAAGAGUUGGAAGGAAUCAUCCACUCGUUACGUAACCACAAAAAGAUCAAGGACUUCUCGUCGGCGCUGGCCUCAUUUGAAGAACUCCAGAGAGCUUACACCCGAGCAGCUCCUGUGGUACAAAAGGAAGAAAAUGGAAUCGCUCCACGAUUCUUUAUUAGAGCUUUAGUCGAACUCGAUGACUGGGUCGCCGGGGCCUGGGCUGACCGUGACGCCAGGAAGGCCUUGUCUAAAGGGAACAGCAAAGCUCUGACAUCAUUGAGACAGAAAUUGAGGAAGUACACUAAAGACUUUGAGGCUGAAAUAUCUAAGUUCAGGGAAGACCCUGACUUGCCUGAUGAUGAUGAUGAGAGGAAAGAUACGUCAUCAUCUGACGAUUCUGAUGAUGAUGAGAAGCCGAAAGAGAAACCACGAGCCCGCCGGUCACCCGAGCCACGGCGCGCGCCUCCCGAAGACGACGACUCCUCAGACACCAUGGACUGGGGCUCCAGCUCCUCCGAGUCCAGCUCCGAGUCCGACUUCGAGGACGGUGGCGCCGCCGCCAUCCGCAAUCGGUUCCUCAAGAAGAACACCGAGAAAGAGGAAGAUGAGGAGAGAGACAAACGGAGGAUUAAGCGGCGCGAGGAGAGAGUCCGAACCGGAAAAGUCAGCAAGAAGGAUCAAGCUGACGAUGGAGGUGAAUGGGAGACUGUCAGAACUAAAGGCGCGGCUGCCUCUGACAAGCCUAAGAUGUUUGCUAAGGACAGCGACAUCGACGCAGCUCUCGUGGUAAAGAAGUUGGGAGAGAUCAGCGCGGCCCGCGGGCGCAAGCGCACCGACCGGCGCGCGCAGCUGGAGCUGCUGCACGAGCUGCGCACCGUGGCCGCGGCGCACAACCUGGGCGACGCGCUCCAGCUCAAGCUGCGCGCCGCCACCGUCGCCGCCCUCUUCGACUACAACCCCAAGGUCUCCGACGCCAUGAAGCCCGAGUACUGGUCCCGGCUCGUCGAGAACGUCGACCACAUGGUCACCCUCCUGCUCGCCCACGAGGACAUGCUCCUCAGCGAGACCGUCACCGAGGAGAGCGAGCAGCUCGUCGCGCCGCCCUUCAAGGUCCGCGGCUGCCUGCUCACCGCGCUCGAGCGCCUCGACGACGAGUUCACCAAGCUGCUCAAGGAGUGCGACCCGCACUCCAACGAGUACGUCGAGCGCCUCAAGGACGAGGUCCGCGUGUCGGCGCUCAUCGACCGCGUGUGCCAGGUCGUCGAGCGCGACGGCACCCCGCAGGAGAUCUGCCGCGCCUACCUGCGCAAGAUCGACCACCUGUACUACAAGUUCGACCCGCGCGCGGUCAAGAAGGACCCGCCGCCGGGCGAGGAGACCACCAUCAAGAAGAUGGAGCGCCUCUGCAAGUACAUCUACGCCAACGACGACACCGACCGCCUGCGCACGCGCGCCAUCCUCUCGCACAUCUACCACCACGCGCUGCACGACAACUGGUUCCAGGCGCGCGACCUGCUGCUCAUGUCCCACCUGCAGGAGAACGUCCAGCACUCGGACCCGAGCACUCAGAUCCUGUACAACCGCACGAUGGCCAACCUCGGCCUGUGCGCGUUCCGGCGGGGCAACGUGAAGGAGGCGCACGGCUGCCUGGCCGAGCUGAUGAUGACGGGCAAGCCGAAGGAGCUGCUCGCGCAGGGCCUGCUGCCGCAGCGGCAGCACGAGCGGUCGAAGGAGCAGGAGAAGAUCGAGAAGCAGCGGCAGAUGCCGUUCCACAUGCACAUCAACCUGGAGCUGCUGGAGUGCGUGUACCUGGUGUCGGCGAUGCUGAUCGAGAUCCCGUACAUGGCGGCGCACGAGUUCGACGCGCGGCGGCGCAUGAUCAGCAAGACGUUCUACCAGAACCUGCGCGCCAGCGAGCGGCAGGCGCUGGUGGGCCCGCCCGAGUCCAUGCGCGAGCACGCGGUGGCGGCGGCGCGCGCCAUGCGCCGCGGCGACUGGCGCGCCUGCCUCAACUUCGUCGUCAACGAGAAGAUGAACGCCAAGGUCUGGGACCUAAUGGUGGGGGCAGACAACGUGCGAGCGAUGCUAGGCCGCCUGAUCCGCGAGGAGUCUCUGCGCACGUAUCUCUUCACGUACGCACACGUUUACGCCUCUCUGUCGCUCAAGUCGCUCGCCGACAUGUUCGAGAUGCCGCGACAGAGAGUCCACUCGCUGGUCUCCAAGAUGAUCAUAAAUGAGGAGCUGCUGGCGUCACUGGAUGAUCCCAGCGAGUGCGCCAUCUUGCACAGAUCGGAGCCCACUCGCAUGCAAGCGCUGGCGCUGCAGUUGGCCGAUAAGGUCGGCAACCUAGUGGACUCCAACGAGCGGAUAUUCGAGAAGCAAGGCUCGUUCUUCCAGCGCGGCGGCGCCGGGCGCGGCGAGGGCCGGCAGCGGGAACCUCGGCGCGAGGGUGGCGGAUGGAACCGGCGCACGCGCAACCGCCGCCGGGACGACGAGCGUGGACACGACGACUAAACGGACAGUCAGGCCCAGACCAGAGCCCCGAUUACGGUAACUUUUAACGUCUACAAUCCAGACGCGCUUCAUCGAUUCUGCGAUACGAUU